GCCCAUAACAUUUGUUUUGCUUCCAUCACUCUUCUGAACUUCAACAGUUCAACCCCGCCCUGCAUUUCCAUUUCUCUCGCUGCUCUGCUCUGCUCUGCUUGGACUUAGAGGCUUGCUGCUGAGUACUGCCGAUCACCUCGACUGCUUCCUUCCGCCCUCACCCCUCCCGGCUCACUCCCCGUGAUCGCCUUGCCUGCCUCCUUCUGUAUUUCCGUCCAGGCUACGGGAAGGGAUUCAAACUGGAAUCAUAUUGAGCCGUCGAUCGGCAAUGGCGGCGACAAAGACCCGGGUCAGUAGUUUCUCCCGAAAUGUACCGGCAACAUUAGCACCACAGAUCCCAGGAGUGAAGACUGGUCCCAAUGGCACUGCCUUCGUAUCCUCGGGGAUACCAGACCUUGACAGGAUAGUAGGAGGUGGGUUUCCUCUGGGAAGCUUAGUGAUGGUCAUGGAAGACCCGGAAGCGCCGCAUCAUAUGCUCUUGUUGAGGAACUUCAUGUCCCAGGGGCUCGUUCACAAUCAGCCCCUCCUAUACGCGAGCACCGCGAAUGACCCGAAAGGAUUUCUUGGUACUUUGCCCAGUCCAGUGACGUCUAGAGCUGACAAGUUGUCACAUGAUGACGAGCCAGUAGAGGAGAAGGGGCUGAGGAUCGCGUGGCAAUAUAAGAAGUAUUUUGGUGGAAGCCAGCAAAUUCUCAAUAGCCAAGGAGCUAUGGAAAACAAGCACGAGUACGGAAAUGACUUUGAUGUAAGGAAGCCCUUGCAGAGGCAAUUCAUCACCGGGCAGAAAGUAGAAUGCAUCAGCCUUCAAGACUGUCCAGAUCUUUCUGCUCUUCGUGAUCGCUGUGCCACCUUUUUAGCUCAAUUCCCAAGAAAAGAUGGAAGCAUUUCUAGUGUCGGACGCAUUGCUAUCCAGUCAUUCUGUGUGCCAGAAUGCUCAUAUUUUAACAGGGAGUGGCACAUGCUUUCAUUCAUUAAAGCUCUUAGAAGCAUGAUAAGGUCUUCAAAUGCAGUUACAGUUGUGACCUUUCUGCCCUCUGUGCUUUCUCCUUCCUUCUCGAAGAGAUGGCAACAUAUGACAGACAUGUUGUUUUCUGUCUUGGCAAUUCCAGAUGAGGACAAAGACUUGGCAGAACUCCUAACGGGUUAUCAGGACAUGGUUGGCCUCCUCAACAUACACAAAGUAGCACGAAUUAACACUCAGGUCCCAGUCAUUCUCGAAGCAACAACGUUCUCACUGAAGCUGCGAAAGCGGAAGUACCUGGCUCUAGAGAGUCUGAACCAAGCACCGGUCGAUGGUUCAAGUGGAACUUCAUAUUCGACGUCAGGGAGCUGCUCCAGUACGACUUCCUCUAAACCUGGGUCCCUCGACUUCUAGUAAUAAGCUAGCUUAUAGUUCUUAGCCAGGUCUAAUCUGCAACUUUGAUCUAUUGGAAAAAAUUUGUUUCGCGUUGAGAAAGCUGAUCUUAUUUCAAAAGCGGAUGAAUCUUUUGUUGAAUAUAUUAUGAUAUGAGAUGCGGAGUACGUCAGGGCUUGUUUUCAUUGAUCAUGGCUUUUUAGGAAAUUUGGCCGCUAUUGGCCUUUCAAAUGUAUUUUUGUUUAGCCAAAAGAAAAAAAGGAAAGGAAGAGAUCACUGCCUGCC